AUGAAAGCUCUUCUGCUGAGUAUUUUCUGCCUCGGCUCGGCGCAGAUCGAAGGAGACGUCUCCUGGCCUUCCAAUCUACUUUCCAACGACGCCAGUGUCAAAAUCAGCAUCGCCAACGCUCAACUCAAACGUCCCGAACUGCGACUCUUUCUUGACAACUCGCCCGUCAAAUCGCACAAGUUCGUGCAGACCAAUUCCGAGCACAGCGUCACCAUGAACUUUGGCUGCGAGAACUUCAUUCAGCCAGGCGAAUACAGUGUGCGUCUGUACGACUACAGCGGCGGCCCAGUAAUGUACGAAGAAAAGAAAGUGAUCUCCUCCUACCCUUCGUACGCGAUCAACUUCACUCAGUCGGAAGUGCCCGCUUUGACUGGCGACGUAAUGGCCUUCGGAUCCUACAGACUGCGCGAGCUCUGUUCCAACAAGAAGUUCACCCUCUCCGUCGCUCUGGAACGAUCAUCAGAAAGCGUGGAGAGCUGGAGCGAAGUGGCAAAUGCCCGGGAAAUCUAUGCCUUUCCAACCGAGACGAUCACCGUUUCCUGUGGCAAAAUGGACGUUCCUGGACGUUAUCGCAUCCGGACGGACAUUUUGGACGAGCGUGACCGCGCGCUCGGCAACGUCGUCUACUCAGAUGUCUUGACGGUCAACGAGAACGACAUCUACGAGCUGGAAAUUCCCGCCGUCGAGCGCGAUACCGGAAUCUUGAGCAAAUGCGAUCGGGGCGACGAGUUUGCAGUCAACUACAGAUCGCCGCCCUGUGCCAACAACCAUCGGAUAAGGUUCGUCCCAAAACACUCGAGCGGCAAGCAGCUUCAGAGUCCAAAGAUGCUCUCAAUCCGCGCGGAUGAAAUCUCGACUUCGAUUCCUUGCUCCUGGAUCCGCUCUGCUUCCGUCCACGGCGCCUGCUUGGAAUAUCUCGACCACUUGGACCAGGUCCGCGCUUCUCGCUGCUUUUCCCUACCUCAGCGGCCGGUCCCGAGCAUCAACGGCGACUGGGCGAAGUGGUCGCCGCCCAAGCAGUGUUACUCGCCGUGCUCGAUCACCGAUCCAAACGACUUCAUCAUGCAGCAGUCGAGUACCGAGUGGUCCUUCUCUACCCGCUCCUGCUCCAAUCCUACUCCUCUGGGUCUAGGAGCGCAGUGCUCUUCUGACUCCCAGACCGGCACGGGGCUAAUUGACUUUGCCGUCAAAGACCGACAACUGUGUCCGAGCCCGUGGGACAUGUCUCGAAAGCAAGAAGAAGAAAACUGCGAAUGCGGCUGUUCCAAAAUCGGCCCAGAAGGCGGCUUCGUCUACUCGCCCGCGCCCUGGCGUUGCCAAGAAAAGCCAGAAAACAAGCUUCAAUGGGACUUUCAAUGCGCCGACUGCGAGUCCCUCGUCAUGGAAGUCGUCCACCUCGACGACGAAGUCCAGGAAGAGUUGUUUUUCGUAAACCACGAAAGUUCCGACGACUUGAAAAUCAACGGCCUCGGUCGCUUCGCCCACCACCAAGCGAGGAACGCGAGCAUUGUCUACAACAGAAACCCAGCUCUGGUCAGUUGCGGCUUCGCCAUUCGAAUUUCCUUCGUCCAGAAAGUCGAGAACUCGAAUCUCCAAACUCCGCCGCGAAUCAGCAUGCCCCGCCAAUUCAGCGAAAACGAAGAGGAAGGGCCCGACUUUGCGCUUUGGGGAAUAUUAGUCUGUGUUGGCUUUUUACUGAUUCUGGUGACGGCUUGUGUCUUUAACUUCCGCUCCGAUAGCGAGGAAGUAACAGCCGCCGUCGUCGCGGACAAACACGCGCUGGAACGAGAAUUUCAACUCUACUCCGAGCUCGACCGAAACUUCCACCAGAGUCCGCAGAAAAUCAAGCCAAACGCAGCCGCCUUCGAAAUCGCUCAACAACAACUGAGACUGAUGAAAUCCGAGGGAAAACACGAAGCGAUGGCAGAGUACCCACGAGAAAUCUUUGAAUCCGAAAAAGUGGCGAGAGAGCAAAUUCCACUGCUGUUCGGCCAUUCCGAUUUGAAGACGACGUCUGCCAGCUCGCUCGGCUCCGAUAAAGUAGAAGCCGCACCUGCCAAUUCGAACAGGACUGAAGUCACCCACUCCACCAAUGUUUCUGAUCACUCUCAGAACUCCAUUCCGCUGCGCCACACGUCCACAAGAAGGGCCAGCCGUCCCUUCUCCGGCGCAACCGGUUUUCAAGCCGACCUGAGUUCCGCGGCAGCCUCGCCCGUCCGCGCGCCCCUCAAUUCCCGAGUUCAUUCCGAAGACAACAACGCUGUAUAUUUUUAA